UUUAAGUAAAGGAUCCUGGCUCUGGGACAAUUCGUCAGUCCUGUCCUAGGACGGAGGGAUGUACAGUAAUGUUUGAGAGCCCACGCGCUUAUCUGCAACUAUCGAGGAUGACCUAACUUCAGCAGACUGACAGUUGGACAGAUAGGCAGACAUUUAUCCCGAAAAGUUACGCCCUCAAAUCGGGAUGUCAAUAUGCUAAUUCCCGGGCUGGAGGCCGUCUGAAAAGCAUUCCGGGACGGCCCGAGGGCGAUCUGCAGAUGGGAGCCCUGCCGCCGGCUCCGCCCACGCCGCCGCCCCCCUGCCGACAGUAACCAUGCCCCGCCCCGCGCCCCGCAUGCGCUCGAAUGGACUGGGCCCAAGAUGUGCGUUACCAUGGUGAUUAUUUGCAGUAAAACACUGGAAAAGGAGGCGGCUGUCAGUGAUGUAACGCCCAGGGAGUCGGACUUGGAGCUGCAAAAGCCCCAGACCAUGAACAAAGGGACAACCCUCUUUUCCUGUGGCUCUGUGGAGGCCAGCAGGUGGCGGGACCUGGGGCGGAGCUGUGGGGCCCAGUGGGACGUCUUAGCUGAGGCGUGCCAGGGAGGCGGAGUCUGGGGCAGAGAGGUGGGCGGAGCCAGCAGCAUCACCAGCCUGAUCAGGGACCUGAGCCUGACGGACAGCAAUGCCAGCCCUGCCCCCUCCCUCUCCGCAGCCCCGCCCAGCAAACGGCAGUGCCGCUCCUUCUCGGACGAGUUCGGGUGCGGCCGGUCGACAUGGCGCCCAGCGAGCUCACGCGUAUGGGUGCCGGUGGAGAAGAGGCGGUGCCACAGCGGGGGUAGCGUUCAGCGGGCCGUGGCCGUGGGCGGGGCCAUGCAGCGCAGCUUCAGUUUCAGCCUCCCCACCCGCUCCAACGCCCCGCCCGUCCCCCUGGAGCUGCCCCGCCUCAUCCAGCACCAGCCCUGCCCCUCCUUCACCGGCUUCCUGCCGGCUCCCGGCGACCCGCCCGAACCCCCGCGGGCCCUCUCCCUGUCCCACGAGCGGAUCAGCCUCCCCGCCCUCCCCCAGGCACCCCCGCGAGGGCCGUCGGCCGCCAGCUCCCCGGAGUCUACCCCCGAGCUGGGCCGGCGGGCGGGGCCGGGGGGGCUGGCGCGGAGCCGCUCCCAGCCCUGCGUGCUGAACGAGAAGAAGGCGGGCGUGAAGCGGCGGCGGCCUGAGGACCGGCUGGAGCCCCGGCCCUCCCUGGACCUGGCCAAGAUGACCCAGAAACUGCGGAAUUUUCAGAGCCUCAGUUGUCCUGGGAUCACCGGGUCCGGCUGCUGCCAGUCAAGCUACUCCCCACCCAGUUACCACACUAUCAGCCAAUGUGAGACUGAUUACAGGUCACCAUGUGUCCUGGGGGCAGGGCCUCAGCUGAGAACCAGGAACGGUGGAGACAGCAGGGAGCAGUUGUCCUAUGAGGAGCUGGAUACUGAAGGUUUUGAGGCGGGGACAGCCAAUGGGGAGGAAGGCGAGGCCCCCUGGGAGGGGUCUAAUGGGACAGAGAAGGACGCCUUCCAGUUGGGGGGUGAGUUGGACAUUGAGCAGAUCGAGAGGAACUGAGGCAGACGCCCCCCCCCCCCUGUCCUGUUCUCCGGCGGAGCAGAGGAACCCGCGCAAGCCGCGGGAACGGACACGCAGAGAAGCAGCCGUGGAAGUGACGAGGGCAAAGCAAGUGGGAUUAUGGGAAACGACAAGUCCGCGGCCCUGGCGAUGGUCCAGGCCUGGUCACUGUGGCAGGGUUUUGAUUGACAGUAGUGUCAGGAGACUUUGAGCGAGAGCUUGAGAGGCUAACGGACAUGUGAGAAUGAGUUUGUGCGACUGCUUUGUUAUUCGCUAGGCGACAUCUCAGUCUGCACGGCUACGGAGAACAGUGGGCGGGGCUUGGUGGUGUGGGAGGGGACUGUGGGUGAGGCUUGGUGAAGGAGGAGGGUCACGGGGCGGGUCCAUUCUCUCCAUCAGUCUGAAGGCAUUUAUAAUGGAGUGAACUACCAGGAGCUUUGUACAAAUUAAUGGCGACAGGGAGCUUUAUCGGUGUCCCUUUGACUGUUCCUCCAUUUGAAUAGGAGCACAUGAUGACCUGAAGGAGAGAUUCUAACCCCCCCCCCCCUUUUUCUUCACUGAACGACAGACGUGUGUCCUCUCGCUGCAUAUCAAAAUGAUCAAGCUUCUGUUUAAAACAAAAAAUAACAGGGAGGUUCGUCUGAAGAAUUGUAUCCUCUUCCUUUUUUGAUAAAUGAUGCUUAAAGCAUCCAUUUCUUUUGUCUUUUUACUAUUUUUUAAUACACAAAUAUUUCUAUUUGAAUAAACAACACUGUAUUUUAAUUUCACUGUUUCUCCUAAUAUAUAUUUUUCUAAUUGUCAGAUUUAAAAAAAAUGUUUUAAUAUUGAUGCCAGAAUGGGGGAAAACCAGGGACAAGACUACUCUUUCUUUAACAGCACAGAUGACAAAUAAAGAAUGCAUACUAUUUUA